CAGGAGUCGUUGGCUUGUCUAAAACCGGAAUGUUUUCAGUUUCAGGAAGUUUCGGAGCCCAUUGCUACUGUAAUUCCUUGUCACAAAUGGCUUCAAUGAAGUGUAAAAGAGAGUCAUCGCCAUCACCAUCUUCUUCUUCAACACGCCAGUGGAAAUAUGAAGUAUUUCUAAGUUUCAGGGGUGAAGAUACCCGCAAUAAUUUUACCGACCAUCUAUAUACUGCUUUGACACAAAAGGGCAUUAUUACUUUUAGGGAUGAAGAAGAACUCAAGAGAGGAAAAUCUAUUUCUAAGCUCUUCGAAGCAAUAGAAGAAUCACAAAUUGCUAUCAUCAUUUUCUCAAAAAACUAUGCAUCUUCUAGGUGGUGCUUGAAAGAGCUUGCCAAGAUUAUUGAAUGCAGGAAAGAAAUAGGGCUGAUAGUUUUGCCAAUUUUCUACCAUGUGGAACCAUCUGAUGUUAAGAAACAAACAGGAAUUUUUGGACAAGCCUUUAUUGAUCACCAAAAAUGCUUUGAGGUUAAUAUAAAGGAGGUGGAAACGUGGAGAAUUGCUUUAAAAGAAGUGGCUAAUAUCUCUGGUUGGCAUCUACAAAAUAGGCCUGAGUCCGAAUUUAUCCAAGACGUUGUAAAAGAGAUGAUGGAGAAAUUGAGUUCUAAAUCCUCAAGCGUUACUAAAAGCUUCAUAGGAAUAGAAUCUACUCUGGCGAGAUUUAUCCCUUCGUAUUUAAGUUUUGAGAAUAAUAUUUGCAUGAUAGGGAUUUAUGGUAUGGGUGGUUUGGGAAAGACAACUCUUGCUAGAGCUGUUUAUGAUAAAUUUCGCAGUCAAUUUGAAGGUUCUAGUUUUAUUGCCAAUGUUAGGGAAGAUUCAAAAAAACAUGGUUUGCCUAAAUUACAACAACAACUUCUUGCAGACAUUUUGGAGGACAAAAGUAUUCUUAUAAGCAAUGUUUAUGAUGGAGUUGACAUGAUCGAGAAAAGGUUAUGUUGUAAAAAAGUUCUACUUGUUAUAGAUGAUGUUGACCAUUUGGAGCAAUUAGAAAAAUUGGCCGGAGGGCAUGACUGGUUUGGAUUAGGGAGUAGGAUCAUUAUAACAACUAGAGAUGAACACGUGUUAAUCCAACAUAGAGUGUGUAAAAGAUAUAAUCCCAAUGGAUUAAAUAAUGAUGAUGCUUUAAAACUUUUUUGUUUGAAAGCCUUCAAAAAUGAGCAACCCAAAAAAGGUUAUAUGCAACUCUCCCAAGAAGUAGUGGAAUAUUCUAAUGGCCUUCCAUUAGCUCUUGUUACUUUGGGUUCCUUUUUGGUUGGAAGAACAAUAGAUGAAUGGCAAAGUGCAUUGCCUAGUUUUAAAAAAACUAAAGGAGAAAUAUUUAAUAUACUUAAAAUAAGUUACGAUGGACUAGAGGAAAUGUGGAAGGAGAUAUUCUUAGAUAUUGCAUGUUUCUUCAGACAUUGGAAGAAAAAUCAAGUAAUACGUAUAUUAGAGAAUUGUGGUUUUAAUGCAACAAUUGGUGUAAGUGUUCUCGUGGAAAAAUCUCUCCUUUCUGUGGAUGGCAAUGAAUGUUUGGGGAUGCAUGAUCUACUACAAGAAAUGGGUGAAAAAAUUGUUCGUUUUGAAUCAAAGGGAAAGCUUGGAAAGCAAAGUAGGUUGUGGCUUAUUAAUGACUUGCUUCAUGUAUUGAAGGACAAUAUGGCAACAAAUGCAAUUGAAGCCAUAGUUGUUCAUUACAAGAAAGAGGAUUUCAAAUUUGAAGAAUUUCUUGAAGUGUUAUCAAAGAUGUCUAAUCUUAGAUUGAUGGUAAUUGAUAAGAAGGUCAACUUAUGUCUUCCUAAUGACCAAAGACAUCUUGAUGUUCCUAAUCAGCUAAGACAUCUUUCUUGGAACUUCUGUCCUUUAAAAUGUUUGUCAUUCAGUUCCCAACCAAUGGAGCUUGUUCAUCUUGAAUUGCGGCACAGCUAUUUGGAAUAUCUUUGGCAAGGAGUAUUGCUUUCAUCCAAGUUAAAGUUCAUUGAUCUUAGUUAUUCCAACUACCUUAUUAGAACACCUGACUUUUCUGGUGUUUCAAUACUUAAGGGACUAAACCUUUCUUCCUGCCAUCGAUUGGUUGCGAUCCACCCAUCUAUUGGACAACUCAGCAAGCUUAGGUAUUUAAAUCUGGAAUGCUGCUGGUCUCUUACUGAUCUUCCCAGCAUGUCUGCUGAAAUGCAGUCCCUUACUGUUCUUAAUAUUCAAGGUUGCUCAAGAAUUGGUUCGUUUCCGAAAUUUACUGGAAUUAUGAAAAGCCUAUCGGAACUCAAAUUGGGUUGGACUGCUAUUAAGAAAGUAGCACCCUCAUCAAUCAAGUGUUUGACUACCCUUACUUUAUUAGAUCUAAGUUUCUGCACAGAUCUCGAAAGUCUUCCUAGCGACAUACAUAAUUUGAGGUCACUUGAAAAACUCGGUCUUUUCGGUUGCUCAAAACUAAAAUCUUUGCCAAGGCUUCCAUCAACCGUAAGAGUUAUAGAUGCUAAGCUUUGUUAUUCCCUAAAAUGGUCACUAGCACAGGUCAAACUGCGUAGCUGGUCACAACCUCUCUCCCAGUGGUGUCUGUAUGAUGAGCGAGACAUUCUAGUGGAAUUUAAAAUAUUGUUCCAUUUCCUACAGCUACAGGGACUCCUUUGUCGUAAAACCGUUUAUGGAACUUCUUUCAAAAGAGAAGAGGAUGGAUCAAGAACUAAAUUUCUGAUAAUUUUUUUGUCAUGUUUGAUUCAAACAGUGAGGAAUUCAAUAAGCAUAGAGCUGCCUUCAAAUUGGUAUAAUAGUAAAUGGAUAGGAUUUGCUCUUUGGGCAUCACAAUCAAAUUAUAUAUGCUUGAGUGAUGUUAUUAGAGCUCGUGUGAUAGCCCUUGGUGAUAUGCCUCAGAAUCACUGGGCCUUUGAACUUUUUACUACCAUGAUACGUUUUGAAAACGGUAUUUGCCUAUUAUAUUUGUCUCAUGAUGAUUGGUUUUCUACUGUUGGUAAUGGUAAAUGUAGUCAGAUUAAGGUUAUAUUUGAGACCGAUAAAAAAACCAUUGAUGUGUUUGAUUGUGGGGCUAGUUUGAUAUACGAGCAAGAUGUGGAAGAGUUCAACUUAACAAAUGCACAAUGUUUGAUUGCGAGCUUUGGGGGAGUACCUAUCUAUAAAUUAAUUGUAGGUGAUGAUGAUGAACUUUAAGGAUUUUGCUAAGAAGAUGACGCUCAUGUCCUACUUAUACUUCGACUGGCUGCUAAAUAGCGAAGAUUUUCAUAGCUUGAAUUUCAGUUAAGGCUACUGCUAUUGGAUGUGCAUAAGCAAUUUUGUCAGUAUUACUGUUUUUUUUUUU